AUGGCGGCCAAACCGCCGAAAGAGUCCCAGAACGCGGGCAAUCCUAGCCAGACACUGUUUCUCAAGAACCUCCCCGAAAAGAUCAACAAGAACGAGCUGAAGCGCGCUCUGUACAUGCUCUUCUCCACCUAUGGCCCCGUCCUUGACAUUGUCACGAACCGCAUUGGAUCGAAAGGACAGAGCAUGCGAGGACAGGCCCAUAUUGUCUUUCGCGACAUACAGACGAGCACACAAGCCAUGCGAGCUUUGCAGGGGUUUGAUUUCUUUGGGAGGGAAAUGGUUAUUGUCUACGGCAAAGGCCAAUCGCACAUAAUUUCUAAACUUCGGGGCACCUUUGAACCUCCAGCCGCUACAGCAACCGCUGCUUCUGACGCCACGGCUUUACAGAAUUCCAUCUUCAAUGCCCCACCAACUGGGAUUUCCAGCAAGCCCACCGAAACUGGAGUGAAACCAGCUGCAACAACUCCCGACGGUGUCCCUCACGGCACAAAAAGACCAAGAGAAGAGGAAGAGGAGGAGGAAGAAGACAGCGCAGUGGAAAUGGAAGAAGACGAGGAUGAUGCGCCGAUGGAAGAGGAUGAGGAUGACUGA